GAAAUGAUGCAAUCGAAGGUCAAACUUCGUGAUUAAACAUUGCGCAAUAAAUUCUAAUUAUGUUACAACUUCUGCAUGAAGAUUCUGAUCUAAUUUAUCUAGAUAGCUGAUAAACUUCUACGAAGCUAUGCAAUCGGCUAUGUAUGUAUUACUAAAUUUUCCGACAUGAACACCAGAAUUAGACAUUUAUAAUAUAGUACUUUCGGAGGUUUUAGGAAGUUUAAUUAAUAGUCUCUCAUCAAACUAUUAACCGUGCCUACCCUACUACCAUAUUUAGAUUGCACAAUUUGAUGGAGUUUUGAACAAUUAGUUGUAUUUAAAUCUCGAUUGGAAUGUAAUUAAAAACUCUCAGAGACUUACACUCAACAUGGUCGCUGUCGCUGAGAAGACUAAAGACAUAUCAGUCAAAUUUUACAGAAGUGUCCUUUUCAACGUUAUCAUAGAUGGUCUUGUAUCCUUCUUGCUCCCAGGUUUAUGGUACAGUCUAAAUUACAUUGGUGCUGCCGGUUUGGCAGAUCCCCGUCAAGUAAAUGGUGCUAAUGCAGUUACGUUUGGUAUAAUGAUUCCUGGUUGCACCUUAGCAGCUGUUUUAGCUAAUCGUACUAGUCUUAAAUGGGUUUUGUUCGCAGGUGCUGUCCUUUACACGCCAUAUGCCGCGGCAUUGUACACGCUAAACCGCUACAACAAUAUCCCUUUCCUUUACGGAGGCAGCGUACUUUGUGGUCUUGGUGCAUCACUUUUCUGGUGUACUGAGAGUGCAAUUGCAAUAGCUUAUCCGCUUCCUCAUGAGCGUGGACGAAUGGUUAGUAUCUGGCUUGGUAUAAGACAAUUCGGUAUGAUCCUUGGUGGUGCUAUUUCACUUGGUUACAACAUAAAGGGUGAUUCAACCGGAAAAAUUAGUUAUAGCACAUACUACGCGAUGAUCGCUUUGAUGUGUUUGUCCGGGCCGGCAGCCUUACUCCUCAGCAACCCGCGUAAAGUCCGUAGAAGUGAUGGAUCACACGUAAAAUUCGCCAAGAACUUUAACUUGAAGGAUGAAGUCAUCAAGAUUAAGAAUCUGGCGACAUCACGCUACCUUCUUGCCCUCAUACCAAUCUUCAUCUUUGGACAAUGGGGAACUGUUUAUCAAUCAAACUACCUUACUACUUACUUUACCGUUAGAACUCGAGCAUUAGCGUCAUUGUUAGCCGGUAUCGUUAGUUUGAUUUCCAACUUAUCCGUUGGAUGGUUCCUCGACCAGACAAGAUGGAAUCAGAGAACAAGAGCCGCUAUCGUAUGGAUCUUCCUCGCUGUCACUAUCUCUGGAGCUUGGAUAUGGAAUGCUAUCCUCCAAGCAAGAUUCAGUGAGGAUGUGAAUAACGGAAAGACUAUCGCUCUGGAUUGGGAAGGAAGCACUGGCCGUUUCAACAGUGCAUUUGCUGUCUACGUUUUGUGGAAGUUCUUAUAUGAGAGUUUAGAAACACUUCUCUAUUGGAUCAUGGGAUGUUAUAACGGAGGCGUGAACGAUAUCACAAGGACAACAGGAUUAAUAAGAAGCUACCAAUCAAUUGGUAGUACCUUCUCUUACGUCGUCGGAGCCGGUCUCUGGCCAUACUUCAACCAAAUGAUUCUUUCGUUAGCAUUCUGGUUCGCAUGUCUCAUUCCAACUUGCUAUGCUAUCUAUAUUGUUCCAAAAGAAGAGCAAGUUAUAGAUCCUGUAGACGAACUAACUAGCACUGAUUCUGACUAUGAGAAAGGUUCACCACCUGAAACAGGUAACACGACACCAAUACCUCCAGAUGGAUACAACAAAGAAACUAAACUCUAAAUUGAAAAACAACAACCGUUGUUGGUCUCCUAUUUUACUUUAGAUCGAAA